AUGGCCGCAGAGGAUCUGGUCAAGAAUCUUCAGGAAGAGCUGACCUGCUCCGUCUGCAUGGAGUACUUCGUCGACCCCGUGACCCUCAGCUGCGGACACAGCUUCUGCCAUCCGUGUCUCCUCAAGAGCUGGGAGGAAACCUUCCAAGUGUCCUCCUGUCCGGAGUGCCGUGGGGCCUUUGAGCCCGGAGACCUGCAGAUCAAUCAGCGUCUGGGGAAGCUGGCCCUGAUUGGCAAACAACUCAGGCCCUGCUUACUGCAACAGAGCUCCACAGGAGAGGGGCUAUUAUGCGGGGAACAUCAGCAGACUUUGAAGCUGUUCUGUCAGGAGGAUAAACUCCCCAUGUGUGUGGCGUGUUGCCAUUCUGAGGUUCAUGCGGAUCACCGUGUGAGUCCCAUAGAUGAGGCUGCGGAGGAUUACAGGGAGAGGCUCCAGGAACUUCUCCGGCACCUGUGGACGGAAAUGGCUCAGGUUCAGAAACUCAUCUCUAAGGAGAAAAAGAAUUCGGAGUAUCUGGAGGUAAAGUCUCUGUCUUUCGGGUUUCCUUCUGUACCGCGGGGGAUUGAGUUGACGGUGACGGUAUCGAUGGCCGCCCAAGGGAAGAAACCCUCUCUUUCACACCAAAUCGUGUCCUGGCAGGAGGAGGUGGAAAGGUGGAAACAGAAUCUUGUGUCCGAGUUUGAGAAGAUGCAUCGGCUCCUGGAUAAGGAAUUGGAGUUGAAGCUGGAGAGAUUGGAAAAAGAAGCGGCGGAGAAUCGGAAGACCCUGUGGCAGAACAAGGAAAAGCUGUCCCAGCAGACCCGCAAGCUGAGGGCGCUGAUCACAGAGAUCGAGGAGAAGUGCCAGAGGGGCGACACCGAGUUGUUGCAGGGUUUGAAAGGAAUGUUGAGCAGGUACGUAUGUGUUCCAGACUUCCCCGGGGACCCCAGAAACUCCCUGUGGGGUGUAUUCAUCCUGCGGCAAUGGCCCAAAGCCUCCUCCUUGGAGCUGAGUGUGUGCUGCGUUCCGGGAAUGAGGGAAAUGCUCAGCAGAUAUGAAGUGGACGUGACCCUGGACCCCGAUACGGCCAGUCCUUACGUCAUCGUAUCGCCGGAUCGGAAGAGUGUGAAAUUCGUGGAAACCCGCCAGAAUGUUCCCGACCAUGAAGGCAGAUUUGACAAUUGUGCCAGCGUCCUGGGCGCCGCGGUGUUCACCUCGGGGAGGCACUACUGGGAGGUGGAGGUGGGAGACAAGCCGGAGUGGGAGGUGGCCGUGUGUAAAGAAUCGAGGAACAGGAAGAACAGCAUGCCGAUUUUUCCCGGGGACACUUUCUCCCUGAUGACCUUCCAGACCAAACGUGGGGCUUCUCUCUGGGUCUCCAGCCCCUUGAUCCCGCUCAGUAUGAAAAUGCCCACCCACCGCCUGGGGGUUUUCCUGGAUUAUGAAGCUGGCGUCGUCUCCUUCUACAAUGUCAUGGAAAAAUGUCUCAUCUACAGCUUCCCCCCGACCCGAUUCUCUGGCCCGCUCCGACCUGUCUUCUCUCCUUGUCUUGGAUAUGCACGAAAAUGCUAUGAGGAUGAGUGUAUCGAAGUGUUUCGGGGGUGUGAAUGCCAGUACUUGGACGACAUCCAGAUCAGGUGUCGCAGUCCAAUCAGUCUCUGGGUCAAAGCCGAGUGUGCUGUGCUCCACAUUUCUUUGGACCUGCAAGCAUCUUUGGGCCUGAACUCCCUCCUUGGCUAUGAAAAACCGACUGCGAGGACAGAUAGGCAAAUCCAGGACAAAAUCCCCUUCAAAGUCACAGGAAACAGCACAGCGCCAAAACUGUUAUGA